AUACAUCUAAUAUUGAAUUACGCGAUAUAUUGGAGUGUAGUAUUGCACUAGUUUUAACUGCACAUGCAUUAAUAGUCUUUGUUAUUGCUUAUAUCUCGUCUGUCUGCUUCCAGUAUUCAUGAUUCAUCGGCUUUCUGGAAGUUGAGCAGCUGAUCUGGAGAUCAUGGAGAAAGAUGUGAAGGCAGGCAUGUCCUCUGUCGUGGCUCCAGAAGCGUCGGUUGGACCUGUGGUGUCACAGAGCCGCUCAGAGGACGAGGAGUCCACCGCUGUGAAGAGGUCCGCCGCUCAGGCCUUCAGUGGACCGGGAAUGAUCCCCAAACGCAGAAGCUCCUCCAGAUCAAUAAAGAGAAAGAAGUUUGAUGAUGAACUGGUUGAGAGUAGCCUCGCGAAAUCUACCAGUCGGGUCAAAGGUCAGCCUGUCAUUGAACCAAUCAGAUGUGACCUCGCCAUCAGUGACAAAAAGAAGGGUUUAAAGUCUGCCAGCUCUUUUACACAUCCCCUUUCCAUGGUGAUCGCUCCUUCAAUGACCAAACGAAUGAAGAAGAGCAAGCAGCCGUUACAGAUCACCAAAGACCUGGGCCGCUGGAAACCCAGCGAUGACCUGCUGCUCAUCAAUGCCGUUUUGCAGACCACAGAUCUCUCGUCUGUUCAUCUGGGGGUGAAAUUCAGCUGUCGCUUCACGCUGCGAGAGAUUCAGGAGCGCUGGUACGCUCUACUGUAUGACCCAGUCAUAUCAAAAUUGGCGUGGCAGGCCAUGAGACAGCUUCAUCCAGAGGCCAUCGCUGCUAUUCAGAGUAAAGCUCUCUUCAGUCAGGCAGAGGAAGCCCUGCUCGCUAAGAUCACCUCAAGCAGUCAGCCUAAGCUGGAGGUUUUUCAAGAUUUGCUGAACAAGCACCCGAAUGUCUUUUACCCGUCGCGCACUGCUAAGAAUCUGAUGGUCCACUGGCAGCUGCUCAAGCAGUACUAUCUGCUGGAGGACCAGAGCGUUCAACCUCUGCCUAAAGGAGAGCAAGUGCUGAACUUCUCUGAUGCUGAGCAGGUGGUUGAUGAUGCCAAACUCAAGGACAGCAGGGAUGAAGUCUUAGAGCACGAGCUGAUGAUUGCAGAUAGACAUCAGAAGCGUGAGAUCAGACAGCUGGAGCAGGAGCUUCCUCGCUGGCAGGUGUUAGUGGACAGUAUCACAGGCAUGAAUUCACCAGACUUUGAUAAUCAGACGCUGGCAGCUUUACGUGGACGAAUGGUCAGAUAUCUGAUGAGAUCUAGAGAGAUCACACUGGGACGUGCAACUAAAGACAAACAGAUAGAUGUAGAUCUGUCUUUGGAGGGUCCUGCAUGGAAGAUCUCCAGAAAGCAAGGGAUCAUUAAACUGAAAAAUAAUGGAGAUUUCUUCAUCGCCAAUGAAGGCCGAAGACCCAUUUACAUUGAUGGACGACCAGUUUUAUCUGGAAACAAGUGGAAACUCAACAACAAUUCUGUGAUGGAGAUUGCAGGCCUUCGCUUCGUGUUUCUGAUCAAUCAGGAGUUGAUUUCUCUCAUUAAAGCUGAAGCUGCUAAGAUGAACCAGGCAUGAUGCAGACUUCACUGUUCACGAGCUGUCGAGCACCAUUCAGUCACAGCUGUUCUGUCCUGUCUUUAUCCCUGAGCAGAGUCAUACACAGAAGACUUUUCAGCACGAGAUGAUAGAGCCCUCAUAGCAUCAGCUGAGCCGGGAUCUGGACCUCAGACUGAAGGAAAAUGAUUUGGAAAUGAAUUGGACAUUUUAUGUGCCUGUUAUUUAAGGCACAUUUGUACAGAAAGAAUGGACUGUGUUUGUGAGCUUUGUGUCUGUGUGUAGAUUUGCUUUUUUUAUUAUUAAUUUGUAUUAGAGAAACUGUUCGUUUUGUUGGCUUGGACAUUUAUUGUUUGUUUAUACUUCAAACCCAGUGACUUUGUAUUGUCUAAGCUAAGUCAGUAUGCUAAUAUUCUGCCAUGACAGAAGUAGUGUAAAUAUAUUAAUAAAAGACUGAUUAAAACAGAAAAAAGCCAU